UAUAUAGAGGAGGAGGGAGGAAGUUUGCCUUCCAGAAUUUGGCACCCUUGGGUUGCUUACCAGUGGCAGAUAAAUUAUUUGAAAGUAACCAUGAAUGUGCUGAACUACCCACAAUCAUGGCGGCACUGCACAAUAUAAAGCUUUUGGAGACACUGCAGAAGUUAGUUAAAACCUUAGAUGGGUUCCAAUUCACUGUCUUCAAUUACUACGACGCUGUCUUUCUGAGACUCAACAGUGUUAAAAUCUAUGGGUUCAGGAAGAAGAACGCGUGUUGUUCUAUUCGAGAAACAGGGGCAUGUAAGAUAAAACAUGGUGAUGAAGGGGAUGAUUCAAAGAAAUGCGAGAAGCCGGGGAAGUACUUGUUCUUCGACGGGGAACAUGGGACAGAGAAGGCAAACGAACAAAUGGCACAUUUGAUGUGGAGUGCAGAUCCUGGAGUAGUUGGGCCUGUGAACUUGAGGGAGUUAUUUGUUUACCCAUUGACUGCACCUUUUGAUUACGUGGUUUCUGAUAGUCAAUUCGCAGCCACAACAUACCAGAAGAUCAAGUUACAUGAAGAAGAAGAAGAUGAAGAAGGAGAGAAAGAAGGAGAAGAAGGAGGUCUCGUUUUUUCAGCUUAAGUUAGAAAAACAGUACUUUAGUUUAAAUAUGUGUAAAAUUACCACUGAUGACUAUAAUCAACAUGCAUUAAUCAUAUGAAUUGCCAGUGGGUUAAUGAAUAACUGAAUCAUCUGAGAGAUUUUAACUA